UUAAUUGUUUAUUUUAAACCAUAAAUUUGUGUUUACAGUUGGUCUCUUGUUAUUUGGUAUUAGAUGGGUUAAACUUGUGAGUCUCAUAUCACACGAAGAAUGCUUCAACUUUUUCAUGGAUGAAGAAGAUUUCUCUGCAUCUUCUUCUAAACAGUGCUAUCCUUACUAUCCGCACCCUCAGCCCCACCCUUCUGCCACCGGCACCACCACCACUACGCCCACCAGCAUACAUCAUGCCUUUGAAACUUCUGAAUUCUCCACUUUCUCCCCUGCUCGUGACCUCACCUUUGAUUUCUCCGGUAAGUGGGCUACCGAUAUCCUCCUGGAAGCAGCAACCGCUAUUGCAGAUCGGAACAGUGGACGUUUCCAGCAACUCAUGUGGAUGCUGAACGAGCUUAGUUCACCUUACGGUGACACCGACCAGAAGCUUGGUUCUUACUUUCUCCAAGCAUUGUUUAACCGCAUGACCGACUCUGGUGAGCGUUGCUAUCGAACCUUAGCCUCGGUAUCUGAGAAAACCUGUAGUUUCGAGACAACAAGGAAGAUGGUAUUGAAGUUUCAAGAGGUAAGUCCCUGGACUACCUUUGGUCACGUUGCUUGUAAUGGUGCAAUCAUGGAAGCUUUCGAAGGUGAAAGCAAAUUACAUAUAAUUGAUAUAAGCAGCACUUAUUGUACUCAAUGGCCAACCUUGCUUGAAUCCCUAGCGACCCGCACCGAUGAAACCCCACAUUUGAAGCUGACCACAAUCGUUGCUACCAAAAACGGUGGUGUUCCUGGGAGUAGUACUUCAGGAACAGCAGCAGGAAGCUUAGCUUCAGUCCAAGAUAUAAUGAAAGAAAUAGGAAACCGAAUGGAAAAGUUCGCUAGGCUUAUGGGAGUUCCCUUCAAAUUCAACGUAAUACACCAUGGCGGUGAUUUAUGUGAGUUAGAUUUAUCAAAACUUGAUAUAAAAGAAGAUGAGGCCUUAGCCAUCAACUGCGUUGGCACGUUGCAUUCCAUCAGAGCCGUUGAUAAUCGUAGAGAUAUGAUGAUAUCGAAUUUCAAGAAACUGCAGCCAAGAAUAAUCACGGUUGUGGAAGAAGAAGCUGAUCUUGAUGUAGGGGUUGAUGGGAUGGAGUUCGUAAAGGGUUUCCAAGAAUGUUUAAGAUGGUUUAGGGUUUAUUUUGAAGCCCUGGAUGAGAGCUUCGCUAGAACAAGCAAUGAAAGAUUGAUGCUGGAACGUGCAGCUGGUCGAGCCAUAGUUGAGUUGGUGGCUUGUGCACCAUCCGAGUCCGUAGAGAGACGAGAGCCGGCCAAUCGAUGGUCAAGACGGUUCCAUGGAAGUGGGUUUAACCCCCUGGUUUUGAGUGAUGAAGUGUGCGAUGAUGUACGCGCCUUGUUGAGAAGGUACAAAGAAGGUUGGUCCAUGACACAGUGUUCCGACGCCGGAAUAUUCUUGUCUUGGAAAGAUCAGCCGGUGGUUUGGGCUAGUGCAUGGCGGCCUUGACGACUGUGGUAGGCUUUUCUUUUUUUUUUUUUUUUGGCCUGGGAGGAUAUAAAAUUGCCAACUGAAUUAGCCAAAAUCGAUUUGUAUAAUUUUAUUUUUAUAAAUUGAACUGAAUAUACAUUUUGGAACGGUUCUUAGUUCAGUUAGCAAUUAAAAGUUUUAUUUAAAU